UGACCCGAGGGUUUAUCUGUUACUGGUUUAGUAUAAUUUUCCCCAAAUCAUACGGAUCCUCUCUUCAAAAGGGAAAGGAGGCUGCGAAAUUAGGGUUUACCUGAAGUAAUCAGCAAAUCGAUGGAAGGAAUCACAGAAGGAGUGAACAAGAUGAGUGUCUCAGAGACACAGAAGAAGAACAGAAUCCAAGUUUCUAACACUAAGAAAUCACUCUUCUUUUAUGUUAAUCUCUCAAAGAGGUACAUGCAACAGUACGAUGAAGUGGAACUCUCUGCUCUUGGGAUGGCUAUUUCGACAGUGGUUACUAUUGCCGAAAUUCUCAAGAACAAUGGAUUUGCUGUUGAGAAGAGUGAGGCUUCUCUUACUCCACUCCCAUCCCUUUUAUUAUCUUUCUUGACCUCUAACUUUGAGGGUACACUUCUUGCAGAGAUCAGGACACUCACCGUGGACAUGAGGGAUGAACCAGGAGCCCGACCGAUACCAAAAGCAAAGAUUGAAAUAGUGCUGGGCAAGACUGAGAAGUUUGAUGAGUUAAUGGCUGCAGAAGCAGAGCAAAACGGGGACAAUGAGGAGCAGCAGAACUGAUUAUUUCCAAAUCUGUUCUCUUUCCUGACUAUUGAAGUUAUUCCAAUCUAUACUGCAUUCAGCUGUUGGGUUCUCUAUGGCCUUUAAUUUGAUCUUUUGGAAAGUAAAAAAAAAAAAAAAAGCAUCAUGGUUUACUUUAAAAUUCAUUAUUUGUUGGAUGUGUAUGCCUUUUUUUUUUAACCUUGCUUAUCUAAGGUGGUGUUGAUUGUAAACAUCUUGCUGCUAUCUUCACUGUAAGUGAUGUGGUAAUAGUUUACGCCUGGUAGUUAAAAUAUUGAACAAUUUGGAUAUGUGGGUUGACAAUUCUGCCAUUACCUAAUUAAGCAUCAUUAGUACUG